ACUCCCGGCGGCGGCCCAACCCCCCCACUCCUCCUUCCUCUUCCUGAAUGGAUGAACACGCUACCUAGGGUCCACGCCUCCCUGUCACAUCUUCUGCUACCUUCUUCAUCAAGAAUCCGCCGCAGCUUCUCGAUACUUUAUUACGCGGUGAUUGAAACCAGCCCGAUUCGUGCAGCGCAACUUAAAGGAGUCAUCUGAAGUAAAUCAGCGCUUACACUUCGGUCCAGACUUUUUGACCCACCGGGCUCCUUGAAUAUCACCUCUCUGCCCGGCCAGAACAUUGUGUCCUUUGUGGGAAAAUGACUGCCAAGCAUCGGAAAGGGAAAAGCAACCACAAACAUGAAGAUAACUUUUUCAAAAACGAAGUUAUGGAGUCAGAAGUUCGCGGUGGAGCGAAUAAUUACACUCUUAUCUUGGUUUUAUUUCUCAUGAUUGUAAUUGGCGGUGCCUCUGGCGCAUGGUUCUGUUUCCAGCAGCACCAAACUUUAACCUACUUAACAGACAAUCUCAUGGGCAUGCAGAUGAAAAUAGUGAGACUACAGUCCUCCCACGAAGAAAUGCGACAGUCAAGUGGUAAGCACAUUUCAGAGAGUCUGGAGAUUCGCCUUAAGGCCCUGGAGGAGUCUUAUGCACUGGCCCAGAAACAGGUGGGCAUGGCCUUGGCUACAGCUGAACAGCUCAGGACGUCUGACCUCCCCGCCCAGGUGCUGUCGCUCCACACUGAGAUGAAAGCCCGCCUGGCAGAGAUGCAGCAAGCCACCGUGUCUCUGGAGCAACUCAGCCAGCUGCAGACCAUGCUGAAGGGGAAGAGUGAGGAGUUUGAUGGUGUCAGGGUUCAGGUGGAGGGCCUGGCCACACUGAGCGCUGAGCUAUCCCAGAAGGUCGAGGUCUUGACAGGGAGCCUGGGAGAAGCGGAAUCAAAGGUGGAAGAGAGCGUUGGACAGGUUGCCAUGCUGAGUGCCACCCUGGACGGACAGGCCGCCGAGGUGCUUGGACUGAGGGAGCAGCUGGACACCUACCAGGCUCAGCUUGAGGCCAGCACACUGGACAUGGCUACUGUCAGAGAAUUGCUUGAGAGUGAACAGUCCCAGCGGCUCCAGCAGGCCAGUGUGGAGGAGCAGCUCAGUAUGCUGCAGGGAGAAACUCAACCUCUUGCUGAGUCUGUGGAACAAGCAGAGGAAGAGGCAGCUCCCGCAGCAGCUGAAGAAGAGGCAGCUCCCGCAGCAGCUGAAGAAGAGGCAUCUCCCGCAGAAACUGAAGAAGAGGCAUCUCCCGCAGAAACUGAAGAAGAGGCAUCUCCCGCAGAAACUGAAGAAGAGGCAUCUCCCGCAGAAACUGAAGAAGAGGCAGCUCCCGCAGAAACUGAAGAAGAAGAAGCACUUCCUGCAGAGGCAUCCAACCUAGAAGAAGAAGAAGUAGAAGAAGAAGAAGAGGCAGAUGAGGGAGGAGAGAGAGCUGCACAGGAUGAAGCUCCUGUUGAGCAGGAGGACUCUGUGACAGAUGAAACUGCUCCUGCAGAGGAGGUUGAGGCAGUAAAGGAAGAUCAGACAGAGCAAGAUGAGUCGGUUGCCUUAUCAGAAAAGGAGGAAGUGGAUACGGCACAGACAGCAGAAGGAGGACAAAGUGUGGAAGAGGAGAUGCCUGAAGAGGAGGCAUCUGAAGAAGAGAAAGUUCAGGAAGAGUCAAUGCUCGAGGAGGAGGAACUUAAUGUAGAGGAGGAAGAAGAGCAGGAUGUAGUAGCUGAAGAGGAGGCAGAGGAAGAAGGAGAGGAGCCAUUAGAAAAUGAUGCUUUACCAGAGGACGAAUAGUGCAUGUCACCAGAAAGAGAUUUUAUUCCACACCGGACACAAACACCAAGGAGAAUGGGAACUUUCUCAGCCUAAAGUCACAGUCUACAACAUGACAAAUACUGUAGGAAGGAUUUAUUGAUUGCUGUUGUUUAGAUGCAGUAUUCAUUAUGUGGUUGCUCUUUGAAAGGCAGAAGAAAUCAGUCACUAUGCUGGAGUUUGGGCUGAAACCUGUACCUCAAAAUACGAGAUGGCUAUUAAGUUAGGAAAUGAGUAAUUCAGGGUUGUACCUGCCAAUAACGACCUCAAAAGCCUUAAUCCAUAAAAGAAUGACUGUCUUUCUACAGAGCGUUUUCCACUCUUUUUGUCAAGGUUAGUCUAUGUACUAAACUGGAAAACUAAAAGCCAAUGACAUAACAAGAAGCCAAUACACACACUGUUUAUCAAAGCACUUGAAGCCAUAAGUAAUGCCUGUCUUGGUGACAUUAAAAUGUGUUUCUUUUUGUCACUGCCUGAAAUGUAUCGUGAGACAAUAUUUUGGAAGAAAAAACUGUUGUUAACUUAAUGUAUCCCAGUUGUUUACACAGGCAAAACGGCCAACUAAAGACAAAAAAGAAAGUGGGGGGGGGCAUCUUUGAGAAGAUAAACAAGAACAAUUCCUGAAUGUUUUUGAAAUAUAGGACAAACUGUAGUUGAUAGCUACUUUUUUUUACUUUAAAACUUACAAAUCUGUGGUUGAGUACUUAAAAACUGGAGGUUUGCAUGAUUUAGUUUGGCUCAUUGUGUUUUUUGCACUUUUUUUUUUUAACUGAUUACAGUUCCAGUCAGACAGAACACGCCUGCAGCAUUGUAAGAUACAGUGGUCUAAGAGUCCUCUGCCAAGAACUGUGUGGUUUCAUCAACAUUAUUCUACAGGUUUAAUGUUUUUAUUCAAAAGUACAUUAUUUAGUCAGUUCAGACUUAGCAUCAUUUAGUGCUGCUGUGGGUCUUUAACAAAUAAAAGCUGAUUAUUCUAUGCAUUAUUGUCACUACUAAUAAUGUUUUGACUUUAGAGGAAAAAAGCAGUUGUUUGUAACUAUCAAAAGAGCUUGGUGAAGCACCUCAGGGACAAAUUGUUCUCCAUAUGGAUGGAAAACUAUUGCAGUGUUGAACUGCAGCUAAAUAUUGUGUUUCCAGGGUGGCAUUAAAAUGCACACUGAGGGAUACUUUCACAACCAAGUCAUUUUCAUCCAAAACAACACCAAUUAGACCUAUACUGACUACACCAACUAAAGAUCAAUAUAUUGUGUCAAGCUAACAUGUUCAAGAGUUUUCCAGCAGGACACUGACCCUAAACAUAGAUCGAAACUAUGCCAGGACUGGCUCCUGAAGGAGGAGCAAGGAGUGCAGUUCAUGGCUCUUAUCUCCACAGUCACCAGAUCUCAAGUCCCGCUGAACAUGUCUGGGAACAUUAGAAACAAAUAAAGUGCAAAACAUAUGGUCACAUCAUAAGACUGUUUCUCUGAGAUGCUUUAAAGACAACUGGAAUAAUGUGAAUUCUCAAAUAAUGCUCUGCUACACAGUGUAAGCUGUGAUUAGGGCAAAGAGUAGACAUAUCAAAUUUUGUUAUAAAAUUACCUCUUUGGAGAUAUGACAAAUAUUUGUGUAGUCAUGCUUCACAAAUACGUUUCUGCUAAGUGAUUCAUCAGAGUUCUUGGUAGCAUAGUCAGACUUGGACAUCAUUGUACAUUUUUACUAAGACAUAUUCACUUUUACAAAAUGCACUGUUUUUGCCAAAGCAUUGGUUACUGUCAGUAUGAUACUUCUCACAUUGUGAUGUUUUUAAAAUAAACCCUGGUUCUUUCA